AUGAAAAGAUGGCGGGAUGGAAGAACAGGCCUGUUGCUGCCAUUGGCCUUCCUGCUGCCCUGGGCACAUAGCUCACUGGCAUUAACAUGUGGCCAGAGGGUAAGUGCCAGAUCUGAACAACCCCACAGUGUUUCUGAAAUCAUAGGAGGGCAGUCUGUGAACAUCUCAGAGUUCCCAUGGCAUGUGGAGCUUAUGGAGCUUGGCAAACCUUUCUGUGGGGGUUCUAUUCUCAGUGAGUGGUGGAUUCUAACGGCAUCCCACUGCUUCGACAAAGUCAACAUAUCUAACCUGAAGAUCAUGCAUGGCAGAGACGACCUCAACAAAAUGGAGGACUUGGUGUAUAAGGAAGUGGACAAGAUAAUCCUCCACCCGAAGUUUGAUAGCUGGCUCUUGGACAACGACAUAGCUUUGCUCUUGCUCAAAUCCCCAUUAAACUUGAGUAUCAACAGUGCACCCAUCUGCGUUUCACAAGUCUCCAACAUACUGGCAUGGGAAAACUGCUGGGUGACAGGAUGGGGCAUUACCAAUACCAGUUUAUCAGAACUCCAACCCUCAAAGCUGCAGAAAGUCAAUGUGGACCUGUUCAGAUGGGAGUGGUGCAACCAUGCUUUGCCUCUAAUAACCAAGAAUAUGUUGUGUGCUGGGGCUGAAGAUGGGAAGGAUGCCUGCCAGGGUGACAGUGGAGGACCUCUGGUUUGCCAAAAAAAGGAAAACACGAGCACUUGGUACCAGUUGGGGAUUGUUAGCUGGGGCGUGGGCUGUGGCAAGAAGAACAUGCCUGGAGUAUACACCAAGUUGUCACGAUACCUGACGUGGAUCAGCAAGAAGACAAAAGAGGCAGGAAAGUCCUAUGUGUAUGAGGAGGACUCUGCAAGCUCUUCUCCAAUCUCUUGCUGGGCUAUCGUGUUCCUCUACUUUGUGAUAUUCUAA